AGCACACCGCCUCCACUCAGCACUAGACCUAGUACUCGUUGCCAUUCGAGCAAGAUCGUGAGUCACCCUAUUCGCUUUUCUCUUUAUCUUAUGCACUUGCAUCUGCUGGAGACACCGCAUGACCUUUUAUCUCCAAGAUUAUUGCCAGCCAGUUUGAUCUCAAUGAGAUUUCGUUCUGUAGAGCUUGGCAACCUCAGCAUUGUCUAACUCCAGAAUGAUUGGCAUAUGGAUCCACUGAGCUGCAUUCCUGAGACCUUCAAGGCAGGCUAGCACUUCCGCUUCAGUAGCUGAUCCACGAAGGUGAAGAGUAUUUUGUUGAAUUCAUUUUGAACCAUAUCUCUCUCACUACAUUUUUCACCUCCGAUUAAUCAUCGACGCUGACAUGAUACUCCUAUCGUCAGCAUCUACCACCGUAUUGUACCUGCUCUAAUAGAAUAGUACCUUUAUUAUAACCCCCAACCGCACGUUUUAAUAACUAUUUCAUAGAUUAAAGUCAAUAAUUUAAUUAUUGUCCUCUAGCACAAUAAUAGUAAUCCGUACAUUUUCCAUUCUUUUUUCAGAUUUUUUAUUUAUAAACUACUCAACCAAUCCCUCUCUACAUACUACAGUCUGUAUACUCCGAGGAACCUGGAAGCGAACCAAAUUUCACGAUGAUGAGCGUAGCAGCCAACAAAAUUCUCAGGGGGAGGAGCAGAGGUGUUCGUCCGAUGUUCUCUUCCGGCUUGGCCGAUCGCCUCUUCUCCUCGUCGGCGUCAAGCUCCAAAAGGUUGGAAGGGAAAGUGGCCGUGAUCACCGGCGCGGUGGGCGGCAUCGGCGAGGCCACGGCGAAGGAGUUCGUCAGGAAUGGCGCCAAGGUCAUCCUCGCCGAUAUCCAGGACGACCUUGGCCGCGCCAUGGCCGCCGAGCUCGGCGCGGACGCCGCGUCGUACACGCACUGCGACGUCACCGUCGAGGCGGACGUCGCCGCGGCCGUCGACCUCGCCGUGGCGCGCCACGGCCGCCUCGACGUCGUCUACAGCAACGCCGGCAUCGCCGGCGCCGCGGCCCCGCCCACGCUCUCGGCGCUCGACCUCGACGACUACGACCGCGUCAUGGCCGUCAACGCCCGGUCCAUGGUGGCCUGCCUCAAGCACGCGGCGCGCGUCAUGUCCCCGCGCCGCGCCGGCUGCAUCCUCUGCACGGCGAGCUCCACGGCGCUGAUCGGCGACCUGGCGGCGCCGGCGUACUGCAUCUCGAAGGCGGCCGUCGUCGGAAUGGUGCGGACGGUGGCAAGGCAGCUGGCGCGCGACGGCGUGCGCGUGAACGCCAUCUCGCCGCACAUCAUCCCGACGGCGCUGGUGACGCGCGUCAUCUCCGAGACGUUCCCGGCGGCCACCGCGGAGGAGGUGAGGAGGAUGGUGACGAGGGACAUGCAGGAGCUGGAAGGGGCGUCGCUGGAGGUGGAGGACGUGGCGAGGGCGGCCGUCUUCUUGGCGUCCGACGAGGCCAAGUUCGUCACCGGCCACAACCUCGUCGUCGAUGGCGGCUUCACGGUCGGCAAGGACCUCCUCCGGAAUCCACCGAGCUUUGCUUGACAUCUUGGAGGUGCUCGUUUCGAAUUGAAAUGCUAAAAUAGAAUUAUAUAUCAGGUAACAAUUUGGUCAAUAAUUUGUUUCAAAUGUAACCUUGAUACCUCGGCAUGUGUAUGUCCGUGGUUCUUAUUCUUACGGAAGUCCUAUAAUUUGGAUUGGAAUUAGUAAAUUGUUUAACAAUUAACGCGACGAUUGUAGUUGCUCCGAUCAUUAAUAUAUGAUGUUUUAAUUCUAA